AAUCCUCAUAAUCACUUUCGAAAUUACAUUUACGUUUUCUAGCAAUCAAAUUUUCCGAUCUUAAGUUCCAAAGACGAUGUCAGAGGUGGAGUUAGAGAACGCUGCUACGAUCGACGGAACCGCCGCUGAGGAUGCGACGGUGACGGAGGCGGCAGUCGAGAAGAAGAAGCCUGCAGCGAAGGGACGAAAGACGAAGAAAGUUAAGGAAGUGAAGGAGAAGAAGACUGUUGCUGCCGCUCCGAAGAAGAGAACUGUUUCUUCUCAUCCUACUUACGAAGAGAUGAUUAAGGACGCGAUUGUUACGUUGAAGGAGAGAACUGGAUCUAGCCAAUACGCGAUUCAGAAGUUCAUCGAGGAGAAGCGUAAGGAGCUUCCUCCAACUUUCAGAAAGCUCUUGCUUCUCAAUCUGAAGAGACUUGUUGCUUCUGGGAAGCUUGUCAAGGUCAAAGCCUCGUUUAAACUCCCAUCGGCGUCGGCUAAAGCAUCAUCCCCUAAGACGGCGGCUGCGACGACAUCUGCUCCUGCGAAGAAGAAACCGGCGGCUAUGGCGGUUACUAAGCCGAAGGGAAAGGUCGCAGCGGCUUCCAAAGCGAAGAAAUCAGCAGCCAUUAAACCUAAGACAGCUGCUGCUAAGAAAGUGACUACCAAGGCUAAGGCUAAGGUUGUUCCUCGUGCCACUGCUGCUGCACCUAAGAGGAAAGCUGUUGACGCGAAGCCAAGGCUAAGGAAAGUUGCUACGGUGGCCACGAAGAAGAAGACUCCGGUGAAGAAGGUUGUGAAGCCAAAGACGGUUAAGUCGCCAGCAAAGAGGGCUUCUUCUAGGGUGAAGAAGUAAAAUUAGGGUUUGUAGGUAGAAGAAGGGUUAACGAUAGUUGGUUAGUCUUGUAUAAUUCAAUGAUCCUUUUAAGUGACUUGUUUGCUUUUCUUCUUUUCAGUGUUCUUGUAAUUCACAGUUCCUUUGGUCUCUAUCCCUUAAAAUCAUAUAUAGAUUUCAUCAAUGAAGCAAAAUCGAGUUUAUUUGCAGCUAAUUUGUGUCAGGUUACUGCUGUUCUUGUUGAGUUAUACUAAGUAAACAUGGAAGUUAUUA